UAUGCUUCAAAGAACAACCACCACAAUUGCACAUCCCGACUCGAACCGACCCGAUAACCCAACCAACCGGUUUAAAACGUGUGGCGUCCACCGCAUGCCACUUGUCGUCAUUCCGCGACUUCCAUCUCCCUAAUUAUAUGUGGUUUUAACGCUCGCCCCUUCUCCGUUUAUUCUUAUCAUCACCGCUAUUAUUCUCUGUUUGAGUUGCUCCUCCUCUCCUCUCUUCCUCUCCUCUUAAUUCCUUCCACUGUGCUGUGCCUCUCUUCUUACUCUCUCUCUCUCUCUCUCUGUCUAAAUUUUUGUAUUUACUGUAAUAAUAAUAGUAAUAAUAAUGAUAAUAUAACAAGGAUUGGGACGCUGCUUUACCAUGGACGACGGCGCACAGGUCGCGGAGCCGGAAGGUAAAGGGAAAGCCUUCUCCUUCCCCAACGGCGCGCUGCGGAAGCACCACCAGCGGUCGCCGCCGGUGGUCGAGUUCUCGUACCGGGAGUGCCUGAAGAACCACGCGGCCAGCCUUGGUGGCCACGCCCUCGACGGGUGCGGCGAGUUCAUGCUCUCGCCCGCAGCCGACCCCGCCGACCCCUCCUCCAUCCGCUGCGCCGCCUGCGGCUGCCAUCGGAAUUUUCACCGCCGGCUCCCGGGACCCCUCCACCGCCGACACCGCAGCAACGAUCAGGAGGGAGGCGGCGGCGACGAGGACGGGGAGGGGGAGGACGAUGAGGAGGCGGAUAUGGAUGGUGGGCGGGUGCACCCCUGGCCCCAUCUGAGCUCGACCUCGCCUCCGCUUUUCUACCCAUCCGCCCCCCACAUGCUCCUCGCCCUCAGCGCCGGCCUCCCGGGCGGCCCGGGGCCGAUCCCGGUGGCGGCCCCCAUCGCAGCCGUGGCCGCGCCAGCGGCGGCGGCGGAAUCGGCGCAGCCGAAGAAGAGGUUCCGGACCAAGUUCACCGCGGAGCAGAAGGACCGGAUGCAGGAGGUGUCGGAGCGACUGGGGUGGCGGAUGCAGAAGAGGGACGAGGUGCUGGUGGAGGAGUGCUGCCGGGAGAUCGGCGUCGACAAGGGAGUCUUCAAGGUGUGGAUGCACAACAACAAGCAUACCUUCUUCGGCCAAGCGAGGAGAGGCGAGGCCGAUGGUGACCAAGCAGGCAGCGGCGGAGCUGUCGGCGACAACGAUGUCGGUCGGAUCGAGGCGACCGGCCAGAGCGCCAACGGCGUCGAAGAUGGAGGUGGUGGCAAUGGCCACCCGGUGAACGGUUCUCCCUCCCCUUCUUGAGUGCGCUGAGCAUACACACUCUGCUAAUGACGUUGUUGCUGUUAUUACGGUUGUAGUGUUUGUUUGCUUACGGUUAAUUUGGUGCUCUUUUAUGUAAACUUCAGUUGGGCUGAGAAUAUAGUGUCGUGAUAGUGUCGUGAGAGAGAGAGAGCGAGAGAGAGAGAGAGAGGAUUGCAAGCAUUAGUUUAAGGCUUCAGUCCAUGAAAGAGUGAGAUUAAUUCUUUAGGAGUCAUAACCAUCACAAUCCUCCAAAACACACGUUAAAAUAAUGUGUUUUACUUGCUUCUCCUUUCUAAUUGAACCUUCCACACUUAGUAUGUA